GUGUCACCACUGAUGAUGGAAUGUUGGCUGGUUGCAUCUUUCAUUUGAAGAUACAGCUCAGAUGUGUGAGAACUUAUUUCACAGCUGUGUUGUUGGUUGGAAGCCAAGGGCACCUGUAUGGAGACAGACCACAAAAAAUAAAUCCUCACAUACAGGGUCCUUCUCAGUGGUCCAAGCACCACCUCCACGGUGGAGACCUGAUCUCUGGGAGAAGGACAGAGUUUGGCAUACCAGCCAGGACCCAGAUAAGUGAUCAUUGGUGCCAUGGGAACAAGCAGGUCCAGCAGGUACAGCAUUGUGUCAGCCUUUUUGCCAGAGGAGGAACGCCAGAAGAUCUCUACCUUAGGACUCCAUAACGGCCACGGUUCCCCCAGCGUCCGACUGCACUCGGCCUGCGACACAGAGACAGAAGACAGUAGGAGGAGGUCAGGAUCCUCUGCUGCUGCGCACAGCACAAGUGGACAAGGAGGGAUGAACAACUACAAUGGGAAGAUUCUGACAAGGGGCUCCGGCCAAGUACGGAGCCGGUUUGUAAAGAAAAAUGGACAAUGUAAUGUUUUAUUCACCAACAUGGAGGAAAAGAGGCAGCGGUACCUAGCUGACAUCUUCACCACCUGUGUGGACAUCCGCUGGAGAUACCUGCUGCUUAUAUUCUGCAUCAGCUUCAUGGUCUCAUGGCUUUUCUUUGGCAUUAUCUUCUACAGUGUCUCCCUGGCACAUGGGGACUUUGAGGAGCUACCUACGCUGAAGGGUGAUGGGUUGGUGGUUGGGGGGCUGUAUGGACCGACCACUGGACACACAGGUGGAGGGCAGACGCAAAGGAUGCCCUGCAUUCUUCAUGUCCAGGGCUUUGUUGGGGCGCUGUUGUUCUCCAUGGAGACCCAGACCACCAUUGGUUAUGGCUGGCGCUGCGUUACUGAGGAGUGCCCUGUCACUGUGAUAACAGUGGUUAUCCAGUCCAUUGUGGGCUGCAUCAUUGACUCUUUCAUGAUUGGCACCAUCAUGGCCAAGAUGGCGCGGCCUAAGAAGAGAAACCAGACCCUUGUGUUCUCCAAAAAUGCUGUCAUUGCCCUGCGCGACGGCAAGUUGUGCCUCAUGUGGAGGGUGGGAAACCUGCGGAAGAGCCACAUUGUGGAGGCUCAUGUACGCGCUCAGCUGAUACGUUCAUAUGUCACAGCUGAGGGUGAGUUUCUCCCCUUGGAGCAGAUGGACCUGAAUGUGGGCUAUGAUGAGGGCACAGACAGGCUGUUUCUAGUAUCCCCGCUGGUUAUUGUCCAUGAGAUAGACAAAGAUAGCCCCUUGUAUACUUUAAGCCGAGCUGAUCUGGAGACAGAUGACUUUGAGGUUGUUGUGAUCUUGGAGGGGAUGGUGGAGGCCACGGCUAUGACCACCCAGUUCCGUAGCUCCUACCUUGCCAGAGAGAUCUUUUGGGGUCACAGGUUUGAGCCUGUGAUCUAUGAGGACCGAGACCGCUACAAGGUAGACUAUGGUCGCUUCAACAAGACCUAUGAGGUGCCGUCAACUCCCCACCUCAGCGCCAAAGAACUUGAUGAGGCUGCAAGCCGGGCUUCAUCUGCCGCUUCUCCCACAUGUAGAACCACACAAGACUUAAUUCCCAGGUCGCUGAGCGCCUUUUGUUAUGAGAACGAGGUAGCAUUGAGCUGUGGGGAGGAAGACGAUGACAUCUUCGACUCCUCCCAGAUUGUAGGAAAAGAGAGGGCAGAGGAGAGGAGGACUUCCGUUGCUGUAGACUUCCAAAAUAUGUUCCAGGACACUGCCACCAUGACAUCCGGCAGUCACAACGUCAUGUGCGUUCUGGACAUGGACAAUAACCAGAUGGAGUUUGACAUUCUACAGACUGCCAUACCUCUUGAUCCAGUGACCUAUAAGAGUGAGCAAGAUAUCUAA